AUGUUUGUAAAAAAGGCUGAUGGAUCUCUCCAACUAGUUGUUGAUUACAGGAAGUUGAAUGACGUAACCCACAAAAAUGUCUAUCCCCUUCCAAGACAGGACGACCUCAUGGCCAAAUUACGGCACGCAAAAAUUUUCACAAAGCUUGACUUGCGCUGGGGUUACAAUAACGUGCAAAUUCAAGAAGGUGACGAAUGGAAAACAGCUUUCAGAACCAAGUAUGGGUUGUUUGAAUACUUAGUAAUGCCUUUUGGCCUCACCAACGCCCCAGCUGCUUUCCAACACUUUAUGAACAACUUGUUCCGCAACCUUAUUGACGUCACUGUUGUCAUCUACCUGGACAAUAUCCUGAUCUUCUCCAAAAAUCCUAAGGACCACCCAACCCAUGUCAAAGAGGUCCUAUCCCGGCUAAUGGAGAACCAACUGUUUUGCAAAAUAUCCAAGUGCCACUUCCACGUCACCACAGUGGAUUACUUAGGAAUUGUUAUUUUGCCAGCAGGCUUCUCCAUGGAUCAGAAGAAAAUUGAGGCUGUCACCACCUGGCCCACGCCCAGAACUGUCAAACAGGUCCAAGCCUUCCUAGGCUUUGUUAAUUACCUCUGCCGUUUCAUUCCUAAUUUCAGUUCCGUUGCACGCCCUUUGCACAACCUUACGAGGAAAGAAAACACCUGGACAUGGGGUACCCUAGAAGAAGAAGCAUUUCAGGAACUGAAAUCCCUUGUCACCCAGUCACCGGUCUUAGUACACUCCAAUCCUGAACUUCCUUACUACCUGGAAACAGACGCAUCCGGAGUAGCCAUGGGAGCAGUUCUUAGCCAACAAGGGGAAGACAACCGCUUACACCCGGUGGCUUACAUGUCAAAAUCUUUCUCCGGCGCCAAAGCUAAUUAUGACACUCACAAUAAGGAGCUCCUGGCCAUAAUCAAGGCAUUAGAAGAAUGGCGGAUCUUCCUAGAAGCAACGGACAGACCAAUCCAGGUUUUCACAGACCAUAGAAACCUGGAAUAUUGGAUGCAGGCACGGACGUUUAACAGAAGGCACGCGCGUUGGCAAAUCUUCCUGAGCGACUUCAACUUUGAAAUACACUAUUGCCCAGGAAAACAGUCAGGCAAACCAGACGCCCUAUCCAGGAGAUCAGAUUAUGUUGACCACCCCCCAGAACCAGAAGUCAUGCUCCCAGCGGAGGUCUUUGCCAAUACCUUGGAAGAAGAAAUGGAAGUCAUCUCAGAAGUUUGGAAUAAACUAAGGGAGGACCCUUCCUUGGAACCUAUUAUCCAAUUCCUAACCAAGGAUGCAGAGAGCGCCCCGCCCUCAAUCAGGAAAGCGUAUAGGGACUACGAUUGGGAAGAAGAUCUCCUGUGGUACCAAGGAAAAUUAGUCAUCCCAGAUGCGGAGAACCUGAAGGAACAACUGCUACGGGAAUUUCAUGACUCCCCGCUAGCAGGCCACCCUGGCCAACAAAGAACCUUAGAGCUAUUGAGCCGCAACUACUGGUGGCCAGGAAUGAAGUCAUCCGCUAAGGAAUGGGUAGAAUCCUUGAAGCCCUUAGAUGUUCCCCCCUUCCCGUUCCAUACCAUCUCCUAUGACUUUAUCACGGGUUUCCCCAAGUCAGAAGGAUAUGAUGCAAUACUGGUGGUUAUAGACUCAUUCUCCAAAUUUGGCCACUUCAUCCCAACCACAAAAAAGGUGUUGGCUAAAGGUCUAGCUGAUCUCUUUGUCACCCAUAUUUGGAAACUCCACGGACUCCCAGUUAGAACCAUAUUGGACCAAGGAACAACAUUUACUGGGAAGUUCCUCAGAGCCCUUUACCAAAGGCUGGGAAUCCAACCAUCCUUCUCCUUGGCUUAUCACCCUGAAUCAGACGGACAGACCAAGCGCGUCAACCAGUUCAUCAAGUUCUAUCUAAGAUCUUACGUAGCAGCAGACCACUUGGAUUGGGUCAAAUGGCUGCCACUUGCGGAAUAUGCUUACAACAAUGCUAAGCACGCUGCAACCGGAAAGACCCCCUUUGAACUGAUUUAUGGAAGGAAUCCCGUGAUGAACCCGUCAACCGUACCAGCCAAUGUACCAGAAGCGGACCUAGUAGCCAAUACCCUGGCUCAGGAAUGGCAGGAGGCAGAAGCAGCACUCAGAAUGACUAAGGAAAGCAUGGCAAGACCAAAAGGGAUAAUUCCGGAAUACUCUGUGGGCGAGAAAGUAUGGCUUGAUGGAAAAAAUGUAGGACUUAGGACGAACUCUAACAAACUGGACCCCAAGCAACUAGGUCCAUUUGAAGUCACAGAAAAAAUAUCAAGUCACGCCUACCGCCUAAAACUCCCAGACACCCUGAAAAUCCACAAUGUAUUCUAUGUAGGAUUGCUGUCCAAAGCACACAAGUCCCCCAGCCAACCAUUCCCAGAAAGACCCCCUCCUGAAACAAUAGAAGGGGAAGAAGAGUACAAGGUCAAACAAAUCAUUGACUCCAAGCAACAACGGGGAAAAUGGUUCUACCUAAUUAAAUGGAAGGGUUAUGGUCUGGAAGACAACUCCUGGGAACCAGAAGAACUCCUAGAACACAGCCAAGAAGAGAUUCAACGCUUCAACAAGUCACAACUGAAAAAGGCUUGUGACUCCGCCAAGAGCCUUUAA